AAACUGAAUUCAAUUUGGGCGUUUCAGACAGAAGGGUAAAUUACUCACUAUUCAUUGGUUUUAAUUUUGGCGCUUCGUUUUUUGAGUGUUCAGAUUGGUUCAAGUGCUUAUUGUUUCUUGAGAUUAAAUUUAUUAAAUCUAAAUUUGGCAACGUUGGGUGUUCCAUCUUGCUUGUUUUUUUUUGGGGUUAUGUUAGAGAGCAGCACGUUGUUUUUGCCGUUUGUUUUAAAUUUUAAUAUCGGAUUCGUGUCUCUAAUUGUUGUAAGGAAUUAUGUGUUUAGGAUAUUUUUGUUAGUUCCAGUUUUUAAGACGCAUUUAUUGUGAUAAUUCACAAUGCCGAAGUCAAAGAGAGACAAGAAAAUUUCUCUGACCAAAACUGACAAGAAAGGCCAAGCUUUAAAACAGAAGAUAAUCGAGGAUAUAAGGAGUUGUGUAGAAAAAUAUAAAAGUGUGUAUGUAUUUUCAUGUAACAACAUGAGAAACGAAUUAAUGCAAGGUGUAAGAGAAGAAUGGAAACCUGGCAGUAGGUUUUUCUUCGGAAAGAAUAGGGUGAUAGCUGUAGGUUUAGGUAGAAGUGAGGAGGAAGAAAUUGAGACUGACUUGCACAAGAUAUCUAAAGUCCUCAAGGGACAGUGUGGGCUAUUAUUCACAAACUGUAAGAAGAAAGAAGUAGCAGAAUGGUUUGAAAAUUAUGCAGUUGAGGACUAUGCCAGAUCUGGGUGUGUAGCUACAAAGACAAUAGAAUUGAAGGAGGGGCCACUGAAACAGUUUGCUCAUUCAAGGGAACCUUAUCUGAGGAAAUUAGGAAUGCCUACAAAAUUGGACAAAGGUGUUGUUACAUUGAUCAAAGAUUACACAGUAUGCAAAGAAAGAGACAUACUGACUCCAGAACAAGCUACAAUAUUGCAGUAUUUGGAUCAUAGGCUAGCAACAUUCAGGUUUAUUCUGAAAGCUAAAUGGACAAAAGGCAAAGGAUUUGAAAAAUUGAUAGAUGAUGAAGAGGAGCAGAAUAAUGAGGAUGAACAGAAGAUGGAGGAUGAUAUAGAAUGAGAUUUUAUGUCUUUAUAUGUAUGAAUAUGUUUAAAGUUAAUAUUAAAAUAUUUUUGUGUUAACAAAACAGGUUCCAUUUAUUUCCUGAACCCAUAUUAGCAUACAUGAAAGCAGACCAUGUCUAUAAAAACUACAUUGACUUACAAUUUGACAAUCCUCGAAAUAUCAAAUGUCAAACAUUUCUCAUUAUGACGAUUGUAUGUAUCUGGUAAUUUGUAUCUUUUAUUA